UGAAGGAAACCGGAGCACAAGGAGCGAAACAUGGCGACUUCGAACAAUCCGCGGAAAUUCAGCGAGAAGAUCGCUCUACACCACCAGAAGCAGGCCGAGGAGACGGCGGCGUUCGAGGAAGUGAUGAAGGACCUCAGCAUCACGCGGGCGGCGAGGUUGCAGUUGCAGAAGACUCAGUAUUUGCAGCUCGGGCCGAACCGUGGGCCAUACUAUGGAGGAUCUUUGCCCAACGUCAAUCAGAUUGGAGACAACUGCGAGGAUUUUUAUUUUCAGACUGCAGGGAUGGACAUGAACGCAUCGUCGCGGCACCACGGGCUUGUCGACAGAGUCUACAGGAACCGAAUCCCAUCGCCCCAUCGAAAACCCCUCACCCUCGACAAGCACGGACGCCAAAUUGACAGCUGUCCGUACGGCUCGGUGUAUCUGUCCCCACCACCUGAUACCAGCUGGAGGAGGACAAACUCUGACUCAGCACUUCAUCAGAGCACGCUUGCUCCUUGCCAGCAGGUCUCCUUCGCAGGCGGGUCGCAGGAGUUGCAGCCCAAGCGAGUUCUUUUAUUAACCGUGCCCGGAUCUGAAGCCGUCAAACAAGAGGCGGAAGAAGAAGAGCAAAAUCAGGACUGGGACUGCGAAAAGGAUGUUUCUCGAUCCAAACCCUACAAAGUCCCUGGAAUUCACAUAUUCCCAUCUUCGGAGCAGCAUCUGACCCUCAAACCCGUUGCCCACAACACUGGCGGUUCCCUGCCGGACCUGACAAACAUCCAGUUCCCUCCUCCGCUCUCCACCCCGUUGGACUUGGAUGAUGUGGCGUUCAGCUCCUACCACAGCAUGCAGGCGCUGGAUAGAAUACGAGGAGUUAGCGCCUCUCAAGCCACGGUUACCAUGGAGAUGCGGUCCGAGCUGGACAACAUGGUUCCGCUCAUCCAGAACACAGGAGACUGUCACCAGCACCAGAACUUGCAGCUCUCGCCAAAAUCUCCACCACUCCCCCUGUCUCAGGUUGCCAUCAACGCCAUGAACCUCGAGCAGCAGUUGUCCCAGUAUGCCUUCUUCAACCAGCCGCCGCUGCCCCAGACUCACCACAACCAGCCUCAAACCGCUGAGGUCCAGCUGCCGUCCUCCAUGAACUGUCCCACGUCGGACUGUCAGAGCUCGUCACCAAGCAACAUGACGGUGGACAUGAACAUGGCCUCCCAGUACCGCAGUAGGGUGGGCUCCUCCGCCAAUCAAUCUCCAACCUCCCCCGUCUCCAAUCAAGGUUUCUCACCAGGCGGCUCGCCUCAACAUAACUCCACACUGGGCAGUGUCUUCUCAGACUUCUAUGACCAGCAGCUGCCAUGCAUUCAGGCCAGUGCUCUCUCACAACAGCUGGCGGAGUUCAACAUGAUGGAAAGCUCCAUCAGCUCUGACAACAACCAGACCUCCACCCUGAACUACUCCCAGGCCCUCAUGAUGGGCUUGUCUGGUGGUCAUUGCAACCUCCAGGGCUCUCAGCCGCUGGGCUACAGUAGCCAUGGCAACAUCCCCAACAUCAUUCUAACAGUGAGUGGAGAUUCCCCCCCCAUCCUGCCGAAGGACCUGACAGCCUCCCUAUCAACAGAUGUCAGCUUCGAUAUCGACAGCCACUUCCCACUGGAUGACCUAAAAAUCGACCCACUGACACUUGACGGCCUGCACAUGCUCAAUGACCCGGACAUGAUCCUUGCCGACCCAGCCACAGAGGACGCCUUCCGCCUCGAUCGGCUCUGAUCCCACCCCCUUUUGAGGACAACAUGCCAAAUCAACCUGCGUCCUUUUUUUCCCCCCGAAUUGGAAAGAUGGAUGACAAGCUAGAAGGUAUGAAAUACGUUCCUGGUUCUGUCAUUUCCUUUUUGCCAGCGACACACCUUUUUUUUUUUCAUCCUAAAUGUCAAGUUUUUGCGAUUGGUUUGGAGUCUUUCAAGGAAAAAAAGGGAUCUUAGAAUCCUACAGUGGCGUAGCAUGGGGAGCCCGGGGGGUGGGGGGGGGGUCAGUCAAACAGUAUUGCAGCUUUAUUUAAGUGAAUGACUGAAAUAUUGUAGUUUAUUCUGACGGUGUCCUAUCAUGAACAGUACUAUUUCUGAAGAAUGACAGCGUUAGUAUUCCACUAUUCACAAUGAGAACAUUUAAGCAGCGUUUUCUAAAAACAAGCUUAAAUAUAUAUUUUUUAUAUAUGUUUUUUUGCAAGCUGCUGAGCCUCCCCUUGAUAUCUUAGUGACAAAAACCUACUUAUUUUGCCCUUCUGUGUGGUUGUUUAGGGCCACAACCACCAGAGGGCGCCACAUCAGUCAAGCAAUCAAACUUUAUUUAUAAAGCGCUUUUCAUACAUAAAAGAAAUGCAGCGCAAAGUGCUUUAAGUUUAAAACCACACCCCGGUGACCAAUAUCCCCCGUUAUCACGUACAUACGCACAGAGACAGAUAACAAACACAAACACACACAUAUGCAACUAUAUGGACCAAUGAUUGCAUGUCUGAGUACAG